GGCAGUGUGGCCUACGAGGCCUACACAAAUCGUUCAAAGCUGUUAGCAGUAAAAUGCUGUGUCACUGUGACUCAUGCCUCAUCUUGGGCUCCCUAUACAGUGGACGCUGGGGUUGCAAACGUGAUCUGUGUGAGAUGCACGUUCGCAACCCGCAGUGUUCACAACCCGCAGCGGUGCUUCUGCGCAUGUGCAAUGUGCGAUUUAAUGCUUCUGUGCAUAUGCGACCGCCGAAACCCAGAAGUAACCCGUUCCGAUACUUCCUGGUUUCGGUGGGUCCGUAACCCGAAAAAAUGCAACCUGAAGCGUCUGUAACCCGAGGUAUGACUGUAAAUGUAACCAGCCAUCUCUGUGGGCCUCAGUGUCCUCUGUGUGUGUGUCAGCCAGUAUGUUGUGUUGUUGCAGAGUGGCUCCAGGACUCCAGUUAAUCAGUAACCAAGAUCUGUGCCUCUGUGAAGACUAAGAUAGCUGCUAUGAGCACUCUGUGUAUGCUCUUUGACUACGCUGUUUAUGAACAAGUUAAUUUCUUCAGUAAACCUUUAUUCUGUUCAUGAAGUAGACUCUGCUUGAUUAAUUUACUGCUGUGUGAUAUGUUGGAGGGUAUGGGGCGAUCCCAUGUUCAUUAAAGGGGGCAACAACCUCAGCAGCUUUUAAAAACAGGUUUCCUCUCAUAGACAGCUAUAAAGCUGUUACCUGGAGAUCUUUCUCCUCACACAUUUACGAAGCACUAUUUCUGUGUUUACUCUUCUUCUUAUGCCUCUUUGGGAGAAAGGUUCUGCAGAGGGUAGUAAUGUGUCCUCACCAGGGGGAACUCAAGCAUGUAAAAAUGAAAUUGGUUUUUACCAUGAAUUUCUAUUCACUGCUUGAGUUCCCCUUCGGUCUUAAAGCAACAUUCAGAUAUGCUACACUGAUAAGAGUUGAAAUCAAGAGUAACUCUCUCCUCUCACACAGCUGAUCAGAAUGCUUUUAGUGCAGAUCCUGAGGCCGCCAACUUUAUUGGCCCUUGUCCUGGGAACAGUCCUUGUCCUCAGCUACACCUUCCACAGAACGGAGACCAAGUUUACCAUCUUUGGAGGCCUUGGGAAGCAAUUUAAAGAAAAUGAAGUUCCUGCAGGUAUUGACAGAAGGAGUGAACUUUGGGCAAUGAAAGAUGGAACCCCGAGACAUGCUAGAAUGGAAUGGGCAGAAAAGGACAAAGAAAUUAAAGCUGUCCUUAGAAAACUAGACGACCAGAUGCCCAGCAUCACUUUCAUGGAUAUAAAUACCACCACAAGUGCUAAGAACAGCAAGGCCACCAUCUUAAACUACAAAAGCUCUUAUUGUGUUGGCGAGCAUUUGAUGGUUCGACUGGAUUUAUACAACUACUUGGGCAAGAGGAAGGAAUACGGAGGAGACUUCUUACGAGCGAGGAUCUCCUCUUCAAGUCUUAGGGCUGGAGCUUCUGGGCGCAUCACAGACUAUAGGAAUGGGACGUACCUGGUCAAUUUCACUUUAUUUUGGGAGGGCGAUGUCAGAGCGUCCAUCUUGCUCAUCCACCCCAGCGAAGGAGUUUCUGCACUGUGGGCUGCAAGAAAAAAAGGCUACGACAAAAUAGUUUUCAAAGGCAAAUUUUUAAACAAAACGUUAGAUGUCUUCACUGAAUGUGGAUUUAACAAGACCACAAAUGCAGAACUGUGCGAGUAUCUAGAUGAGCGAGACCAGGAGGCCUUCUACUGUGUGAAACCAAAAUAUGUGCCAUGUGAAGCUUUCGUCCAGCUUUCGUCCAACAACAGACCCAUCUCAUACUUAACAGCCAUAGAAAAGAGACUUUUAAACAGUGUUGGAAUUCAGAUACCUCAGAAUUUCGGGAACAUUCGUGUCGUGCCCUGCAAAACGAGUAAGGUGACGAGAGAGAAGUGCAGGAUUGGGAUGGCUUCUCCUGUCCCCAGCGGCUACGUUUUGCGCAACACCUGGCACCCAGAAUUUUGCUCCAUCCAUGAUUUCAGCACUUUGGAUAAGAUUCGUGCGAGUCUGAAGAGCAAAAUGAUUUAUCUCAUGGGGGAUUCAACAUCAUUUCAAUGGAUUUAUUACCUUACCAAGAGAGUGACAACGCUGAAGUACUUUGAUCACCAAAGCGUUCCAGUCUUCAAGACACGUGUGGCUUUGGACGUGGAGAGGAACACAUUCAUCCAGUGGAAAAAACACGGGUACCCCCUUGUGACAAAGGCCUUCUAUUCAGUGAAAGAUCUGAAUUACAUUGCUCGGGAAAUCGACCAAGUAGCAGGGGACAGCGACACAGCCAUCGUCAUCGCUAUAGGCCAGCACUUCAGACCAUUCCCCAUGGAUCUCUUUGUGCGAAGGGUUGUAAACAUUCGCCGCGUCAUUGAGCGCCUUCUCCUGAGAAGCCCUGACACAAAAGUCAUUGUCAAAGCAGAGAAUAUCCGAGAAAUGAAUGCAGACACAGAGCGAUUUGGCGACUUCCAUGGCUAUGCCCAAUACCUUGCCAUGAAAUACAUUUUUCGAGGUCUCAGGGUUGGAGUAAUUGAUGCCUGGGACAUGACUAUCGCCUAUAAUUCAAACACAGUUCACCCACCAGAACAAGUGGUUUGGAGCCAAAUCAUGAUGUUUCUAACAUACCUCUGUUAAGAAUGACCUUGGCCCUUAUGAUCAACGGAGAGAACCGUCUUGCCUGUUCCAUUUGUGGCUGCUAGGCUGGUGACUGGAGCAGCCUGAUGGGACCAUGUGUCUCCACUCUUGAAGGCACUGCAGUGGUUGCUGGCCCAAUUUAAGUACUAGCAUGCAAACCUGCAAACAGCUUGGGAUCCAAGUACUGAAAAGCGCCUCCCUCAAUAUCAACCAUCUUGGGCCCUACGAUUGGCAGGGAGUCCACCACCGAAUGCUGCCUAGUUGGCACUGAUCCGUGCCAGGGGUCUUCUUGUUGGCAGUUUGCCAUUUGUGGAAUGCCCUCCCUGGUGAGAUGUGUCUGCCUCCCUCACUAACAUUCAGGAAAAACUUUAAAACAUUCCUCUUCACCCUGGCUAAAAGAUGCUGUUCCUAGAAACCUUAAAUUAUUAGCUGUGGAAUCACUCUCAAAUAGCGAAUAAUCAGAUUGGGGGCAGCUGCUUCUGUGCAAGUAACCAGCAGGAAGCCUCUUGGCUAAAUCUCAAUGAGAAACAUGAUCUAUCACGUGAAGUCUCUUGGGAAACUUGAGCUUGUGUGUAACAUCCUGGUAUGCAUUUGCUAAUAGCCUAAUCUUCCAAUCCCAGGGUGGCUUCCGCUGAGCCAGGUUACAACAACUGUUGCUCGGGCUGCACUAGACGAGCAGCAGUUCAGCUUUUUAUUCAUAGGCAAAAGUACUGCACAUGGCUGAGUGGAAACCAGAAGAGGGAGCUAAAGGCACUGAGAACACACUAAAAUAGAACUCUGCAUUGAUUUCUAGUUGUGCAGCGGGGCUUGCCACCAUUCUGUUUACCAAAAUGUGCCUUUGUGCUUGUGCGGAAUGCUUUUCGUUUGCAAAAGGAAUGUUUCAUCAUACCUCUGGGGGGCCAUUGGGCUAUUCCGUUAAACUCGGUGCCUGACCCUUGUCUGUGUGUCCAGAAGCUACCUUGUCAGAGAUACGGCUUGGAUUUCAGGAUAGAGAACUCUGUCAGCUUUGGCCUGCCAAGUU